UGUCAAAUUUAAAACGCAUUUUCAGCUGUCAAUGGAAAAGUAUUGAUCUAUUUUUGUUUUUUUCGAUAACUUUCUAUUUUCCAAGAAAAUAAUUUGCAUUAAAGAUUUUUCUUUUGCUUUCUUGGUCAAUAAAAGUAUAUACAAUGUAUCGUCCCAUUCUAUCUUUCGUAUCGAGGCUACAGGCUCCCAAUCUGAUCAAUAGAAUGCCUAGUGUUUUUAUGAGCGACAAGCGUAUAGAUGUUGACUAUUCCUAUGUGGAAAUACCUCGUUAUGACAUUGACAAACCACAAUCAUUGGAGACACGUAAAGCAAGGCUCUUGUACCAGUCCAGGAAAAGAGGAAUGUUGGAGAAUGACCUCCUUUUGAGCACCUUCGCAAAGAAAUACUUGCCCUCACUCAAUGAGGAACAAACUAAAAUGUACGAUCGGCUCAUCAACACGGUCAGCAACGACUGGGAUCUCUUCUACUGGAUGGUGGAGAAACAACCCACGCCCAAGGAAUACGACAACGAAAUAAUGGACAUGCUGAAAAAACACGCCAAAAACGAAGAUAGAGUAUCUCUACGUCAACCAAAUCUAUAUUGAAAUUAGCACAAAAAAAAAAUUAAAUUUAGGGCUGAUUUUUCAAUCAACAGAUAAUUCAUCAAAAUAAGACAUUUGCAAGUUUCAAAGUUUGUAAAUUAUUCCACCGAUAAUAUAUAUCUGGCGUUAGAAUAAUCAGCCCUUAUAGUAGUACUUACUUUCUUAAAAAUAGUGCAUUUAAUCCAGUUAAUGCAAAUUCUAUUUAUUAAAUGUUAAUUAUUUGUUGACUUGUAGAAUAAUAAUGACGAUCAUAUGAAA